CCGUUCCGUUGCCCCCAAGACGUUUGUUCGGUCGCUCGCUCGUUAUUCUGAUCUCUCCCGAUUGAGAGGAGGGUAAAGGGAAGUCGUCGUUUCGAGUAAGAGAAAGACAAUCUUCAACUGUAUAGAUUUUUCCCUCUUUUUGUUCACUCGCUCAUCGUUCAUCGUUCGUUUCUCCUUUCCCCCACCCCCGUCAGCCAUGACGAUUCGCUUCCUCGUCAACUUUGGCCUCUUGGCCCUCCCCAUCGCCAUCACUCUCGGCAUUCUCUUUGGCCUUGAGAAGCAUCGAGAGGCGACAGGAGGUCCUCCUCUGUUCAAGCCUCAACCCGACCCUACCAAGCCCAAGACGCCCAACGAUAAUGGCAUCACGGUCGGGCAGUACUGCCAAAAGUCAUAUGGUAUUCAUCCAGAGACCAAGGGCCUUGAGUUUACACUGAAUCCCAAUCAGUGGGGUGUGAAGGAUGGUGGAAAGGGAGGAAUGUGUUUAUAUGUCGACAUUCACAACAACAAGACCUAUGACACAGAGUUCACGGCGCCCAACUGGGCCAGCGUCUGGGCCUAUCCCAUCGACGAUGUCAAGGCACCUGUGCACGCCUUCCCCAACGUCAUGGUUGAAGGCGACACGUUUCCCGUCAAGCUAAACACGAUUGAAAAGAUUGACAUCGACUUUGCCUGGACCUACGCUCCUGGUAACACGUCGGCCAAGGGAAGCAAGUACAUCACAAAGUCCGACUUUGACGAUCUCGUGGAUCGUGAGGUCAACGCCAACGUCGCCAUGGAUAUGUUCUUGGACAAGGACAAGGAAAAGUCAAAGGUCAGUGAGGACGCUUCUCACGAAAUCAUGGUGUGGUUUGCCGCCAUCGGAGCUGCUACUCAGCCUAUCGGUUUCAACGGCGGCACGAGUCCUGUGGCGACCAAGACUCUUCACGGAGUCAAGUUCGAACUCUACGUCGGCGUCAACGAUGAGACCAAGCAAAAGGUGCUCACGUGGUACGUCAAGGAGCCCGUGGAAAAGUUCAGCGGCGACCUCUCCCCUCUAAUCAACGAGAUCCUGUCCAUGAGCGACUCGGACUACCCAUCUCCCACCGACUACCUGGGCUACAUGGCCUGGGGAACCGAAGCCUACUCUUCCAACAAUGAGUAUGUCACUUUCAACGUGACGCAGCUGGCGAUAGAUGUCGAGACUACGAGUUCUACUUGAGCGCGAUUUUACACAGCAGCAGCAGCAAAUGUCAUGAACGUAACUAUAUAGAAUACUUAAUGAAAGAAUUGGGCGUUUUGUUUGGAA